CCGUCUAAUAUUGUCUGUCACCAGUCACCACCACCAAAAACCCCUUCUUUAUUGCUCUGUUCUUUGAGCAAACAAUUUUGAUUUCUUCGCGAGCGAAGAAACCUCAAAGACGAAAAGUCUCGAAAUUUCAUAACUUUUUCUUGAAGAUCUAUCUAGAUCACCCAUUUUCUUAAAAACCUCUUGAGAUUUUUCUAUCUCGUGAAAAGAGGUUUUAAGGUUUAGAUGGGUGUGGCUCACUCUGAUCUUCACAAUGAUUUGUCUUCUUCAUCUUGUUUUGGGGAUCGGAAUAUCUUGAAGCCUGGUUUAGGAGAUUUACCAGAGGCGUGUGUGGCUAUAAUUGUUGAGAAUUUGGAUCCUGUUGAGAUCUGUAGAUUCUCAAAGCUCAAUAGAGCAUUUCGCGGCGCUUCUUGGGCUGAUUGUGUUUGGGAAUCGAAACUUCCUCAGAAUUACAGAGAUGUUCUCGAGAAAAUCCUUGGUGGCUUCCCUGAAAAUUUGCAAAAAAGACACCUUUAUGCUUUUCUCUCCAGGAUUAACUCAUUCGAUGAUGCCACCAAGAAGGUAUGGAUAGAUAAACGAACCAGUGGUGUUUGUCUAUCCAUUUCAGCCAAAGGAUUAUCCAUUACAGGCAUUGAUGAUCGUAGAUAUUGGAGUCAUAUCCCCACUGAUGAAUCUCGGUUUGAGCUUUUCGGUGAUCUGAGUUUAUUACCAUGUGUUAGACUCCUUUGUACAAUUAGAUAUCUGUCAUGUUCUUAUCAGAGUUUGGAUACAUGUUAUGGUCUAACAUUCAUUGGUGCUUGCAGGUUUUCUUCUGUAGCUUAUCUCCAACAAAUCUGGUGGUUUGAAGUUGAUGGUGAAAUCGAUUUCCCAUUCCCGGUUGGAACCUACAGCAUUUUCUUCAGGCUUCAAUUAGGCCGGUCGGGCAAGUGGUUUGGUCGACGGGUCUGUAACACAGAACAAGUCCAUGGUUGGGACAUUAAACCGGUUCGAUUUCAACUCUGGACUGAAGAUGGUCAAUAUUCCUCAUCUCAAUGUAUGUUAACUGAGCGGGGAAACUGGAUUCAUUACCACGCCGGAGACGUUGUUGUCCGGGAAUCGAAUAGGUCAUCGACAAAGAUUAAGUUUUCGAUGACUCAGAUCGAUUGUACACAUACCAAAGGCGGGUUAUCUCUAGACUCUGUAGUCGUGUACCCGAGCUCGUGUAAAGACCAGUUGAAGCGGUUUUAAUGUUUCAACCGGAUCCGGUUUAGUGAGAGGUUAAAGCAGGGUUUUUUGUUAUGCAGGUCUUUAGCCCCUUCUAUAGAUGUAGUUAGAGCUUCUAUUUAGAGAGCUUUUGUUUUGUAACUUCAUUGAGUUUUGAGGCAAACUGUAAUAAUAUGUUGUGGUUAUGAAACUAAACCAUCUGUUAUAACUUGUUAUUAGUUACGUUAAGAAUGAUUAAUCGUUACAAAGUUUAACUUCAGAUCCA